AUGCAUCUGCCAUGUGGAUGGUGCACCGCCGUGAUACCCUGGGCGGAGAUGCCGUUGCAUUUGGCAGGAACCAUUGGUGACGUUCCGGCUUGCCAAAAGUUUGCGGCACCAGGCUCAAGCCUCUGUGCCAGUCCCGCAGGUGCUCAGGGGAGUGGAGCCUUCAGAAACCUCGCAGAUCCCGAGGGCAAAGAAGACUCGAAUAGUUUGGUCACAGCUCCCCGAGCACCUCAUGCGCGCGACCGCUGGCUCCAAAUCCGCUUCUUCAUCCGCAGAGUCUACGCCGCUGUGCCAGAACUACCGGGUUCGCUCGCACAGGCUGCCGGGAACAAGUGCAAGUUUCCCCAUGAUCUUUCCCCGGAAAGGAAGAAGACUGAAGACUUCGAUAGGCACGAGAACCGAAUGCUCCGCAGCCGCCACAUCACUACGCGCACGAGUGCGGGUGUUGAGAUUGAGUGCAAGAAUGCAGGCUCAGACGGCCAGAAGUGUGGCAAGAAGUACGCGGCAAAAGACUGGCAGGAGCAUGGGAAAGAAUGUGAGUACAAGCUCCUGAUGUGUGGGCAAGGCAGUGGCUCUGGGAGCAAGUCGAGCGGAUGUGUUGCAGAUCCCUGCGAAGGAGAUGGAGGAUCAUCGCAGGAAGGUUGCGACUCCUCGAAAGAAGAAUGUCCGUACGGCUGUGGACAAGAAAUAUUGACAGCCCUGAUGAACGUUCACAAGCAAGAAUGCCCAAACAGAAAGGUGGAGGCACACCCACAGGUCAGCAAGGGGCAUGGCAAGACAGAGUCCGUUCCACACAGAGCUGUGAACAUUCACUUGGAGCCGUACCUAGAGCACCCAGGCAAACUGGAGAGACAUGUGGGACGAACAUUUGGUGCUGUGUUUGGCCUUGGAAUAUCACAAGCCUGGAGUCAGCAUCGAAAGUGGAAGUGGUCCUGCUGCAAUGAAGAUGAAGAUGUGGGAGCGGACAGGUGCAGCCGACGCAGAUGGAAGUGUGGAGACUGUGAGAGACAGUUGCAAGCACCCCCAGAGAGCGGCGUUUUUCAGAACACAACAACCACAACCCCAACAAAAACCUUAACAACCACAACAACACAACAAUUCCAACCACUACAAUGA